AUGAGCAGCCAUCCAUACCGUCAAGUUUCAAAUGCUCCCUAUCCAAUUCUGGAUAACUAUACCCAAAGUGAUCCUUCCUCAUCAAGUUCUCCAAGCAUGACUGAAGUCACUUCUGGUUUGGAAGAUUUGCAUUUACCUCCGAACAAAUCAUACCCUUCCGAUCAAAAUGGCGUUCACGUUAACAACAAUAACAACAACAACAUCAUCACCAAUCACCACAACAACAACAAUACUAGUCAAGAAAAUAUUGUCACACAAACCGUUAAUGUUCCACGACAAUUGAUUCCUAACUUACCUCAAGAAGGUUCUCCAAAGGAUUAUAAACAACAUCAUGCAGUUGGAUCAACAUCAAGAAAAACACUGCCUCAUAGUCAACAACAUUUUUCUCCAACUAUCAGAAGUUAUGAUGCACCAUACUCCCCGUUGGUGAAUGAACAAGUACAACCACAACUUAUCAAGCAAUCUCCAACUUUAAAUGCAACACCAAUAAAGUCACCACCACAGAUGAAUGCUCCAUAUCCAGUCUAUCAAUCACUGACUCCACCACCAGUUUUUGCAUCAAAGGAUAGCGUGGUAAUUUCGCCACCUUCAGUUCCUUUAUCUGCUACUUCAUCAGUCACCAACUUGAACUUGAAUCAAGCAGAUAUUUACCAAUCUAAAUCGGAAAAUAACUUGUCCGUGACCAACAACAAGUUUGGCCAUAAUAGAUCGGUUUCUUCAACUUCAUCAUUUUUUUAUGAUCGUAAUGAUAAUAGUUCCAUGAUUGAUUUCAAUCAAAAUGUCAUUCAACUGUAUUUAGGCCAAAACUCAAGUCAUUUAAUGCCAAGAAUCAAGACUUUGGAAUUGUAUCGUAAGAAUGCUAAGAAAUCCACUGAUCCUAAUGUCUUGUUCCAAUAUGCCCAAUACAUGUUACAAACUGCAUUAUUAUUGGAGACUGAAUUGCAAAACAUGGUUGCCAGUAAUGCCAAUGUUGGUGGCACUACGUCUUCACAAUCCUCAGGUUCACAAAAUGGUACCAAUUCUCCAUUUACCAACAGAUCAAUUGAAAAUUCGCCUAGAAAGGGCCCCUUGGAUAUUAAGAAUGGUGGAGGCCAUAAAAAAUCUAAAUCGAUUGAUUUUGCAAAUAUAGAAUUAGAAGGUAACGAAAAGAAAUUAAAGAAGGCUUUGUUGAAGGAAGCUAUCAAGUAUCUUAAGAGACUUUCUGACAAAGGUUACGUUGAAGCACAAUAUUUGUUGGCUGAUGCUUAUAGUUCCGGGGCUUUAGAUAAGAUUGACAAUAAAGAAGCAUUUAUUUUAUUUCAAAGUGCUGCCAAACAUGGACACGUUGAAAGUGCUUAUAGAACAUCAUAUUGCUACGAAGAAGGUUUAGGUACCGGUAGAGACGCUAGAAAAGCAGUUGAAUUUUUGAAAAUCGCUGCUUCUAAAAAUCACCCUUCUGCGAUGUACAAAUUGGGUGUUUAUUCGUUUUAUGGAAGAAUGGGUUUACCAUCUGAUAUGAAUACCAAGAAAAUGGGUAUUAAAUGGUUAGGAAGAGCUUCUAAUGUUGCUACUGAAUUAACUGCUGCUGCUCCAUAUGAAUUGGGUAAAUUGUACUAUCAUGGGUUUGAAGAUAUUGUACUUCAAGAUAAAAAAUAUGCAUUAGAAUUGUAUGCACAAGCUGCUGCUUUGGGUCAUUUAGAAUCAGCUGCUAUUUUAGGUCAUCAUUAUGAAAUUGGGGAAGUUGUACCUCAAGAUUCAAACUUGUCUAUUCAUUACUAUACACAAGCUGCAUUAGGAGGUGAUCCAAACUCCAUGUUGUCUAUGUGUGCCUGGUAUUUAGUUGGGAGUGAACCAUACUUGCCAAAGGAUGAAAAUGAAGCAUUUGAAUGGGCCAAGAGAGCUGCUGUUUGCAACUUACCAAAGGCACAAUUUGCAUUAGCCAAUUUCUACGAAAAGGGUAUUGGAUGUAUAAAGAACAAUAACGAAGCACAAGUUUGGUAUAAGAAAGCAGCUGAAAAUGGAGAUGAAAAAUCAUUACAAAGAAUCAGUGAUAAAGAAAUGGUUAGAAAAAUUCAAAAGAAUUUAAAGAAAAACCCACCAAACACCAAUUCUAUUAAUGGAGGAGGUUCAAGUGCUCAAGAUAAAGAUUGUGUUAUCAUGUAA